AUGCCCCUUGCAGUUGCAGCACCCACAGUCGCCGAGGGUGUAGCAGUCUCUCUAUCCUCUCGACACCCCCAUACACCCAACCCUCCGGCAUCACAGGCCCCUGCUGCUGCUGCUGCUGCUGCUGCUGCUGCUGCUGCUGCUAGGCUGGGGGACGAAGAAUUAGAGAGAGAAUUAGAGAGCGAGAAGGCGGGGAUAGAAGAAAUUAGGAGCAAGAAUGCUGCUGCAAGUGCUACUGCUGCUAGUGCUACUGCUGCUAGUGCUACUGCUGCUAGUGCUACUGCUGCCACCAGACUAACCGUUUUGCUGAGAGGUAUUGAAGGGCUUCCACCACAUCCCGCAUGA